UUGUUUCAAUGGCGGACUCUGCAGUGUUCAGUAAAUAUGAGCUCGAAAGAGAGAAAAAUAUUAAAAAAAAUGAAGAGUUGCUAGCUUCUCUAAACUUGUUACAACAGAAAAGAAACCCAGUUUCUAUGUUAGACUCUUCUAGGAAAAAAUUUCCCAAGCAGUCUGAAAAACAACAAUCGAAAAUGGAACCUCUUCGUAUGAAAUUACGUUCCAGGUCGUCCAACGACGAAGAAACUGCAGUGUCGAUAUCCGAUAAACUGUUGCAAUAUGACAAGAAUAUACCUGAAAGAAGGACAGGUACCAACGAGUUUGUUGAAAUCUUAGGUCAAAACAUUGUUGAUGCAAUUGACGUGGAUGCAGUUCUGAAGCGUCUAUCCGAUAUAUGUCUUGCAGAAACUUUUCCCUACAUACCUGUGGCUCCCAGUACAGAAAGAUUCAAAGAACUGCAAAAGUACGAUAUUCCUUCCGACCAAGGUUUCCUAAAGGUUGUUCCACACCGUAUUUAUUCAGUGACGUUUGCCAAUACAUCUAAACCUUUGGCUUUGGCGGGUGAUAAGUGGGGCUAUUUGGGUAUUUGGUCUCCUUUAGAAGAGUAUCAAAAUGGCAUAGCCUUGACACUUCAACCACAUGUUCGUGCAAUCUCAAAGAUAUUUUCUCAUUACACAUUAGGUAACCAAAUCGUUACUUGUAGCUAUGAUGGUACUGUUCGAAUUUUGAACUUGAGCCAUGCAUUAUGUGAUACUAUUUUGGAUAGAGAAGAAAUGUUGUUUUAUGAUAUUUCAUGUAUGGAUGAUGGAAACUGCUUUCUAGUUGCUUCGAAUGCUGGUAAAGUUUUGUCUACAGACAAGCGUGACCGCAAGUCUACCCAGAGCAUCUUGUUGCACGAGAAGAAAAUAUCUUGUGUUGACAGGUUUCCAGACCAACAUACCUUUUGUACUUGUAGCGGUGAUCAUUCGGUAUGCAUAUGGGACUUUCGAAAGGUUUCGUUUGAUGAACAAAUUCGCUCCACUCCUAUUCAGGCCUUGCCACAUAACAAGGCAGUGACAGCAUCUCGAGUAUCGCCUUCGGGAAAAUUCAUUUUAACUACCUGCUAUGAUAACUACAUAAGAGUAUUCCAAUCCCCUCUCAACAAUCCCACUAAAGGAGAUAACUUAUUGCACAAAAUACCCCACAAUAAUAAUACUGGACGAUGGGUCACUCCCUUUUCAGCUGAAUGGGAUCCACAAAGUGACAAUCUAUUUCUCUGUGGCAGUAUGGAAAAGCCAAGAGGAAUAGAUCUAUUUCAUAUGGGAAAGUCUUUGGAAACGAGUCGACUAUCUCAAGAAAACUUGACAACUAUCAUUCCGCGACUUGCUGUCCAUCCAACUACAGAAAUGAUAAUUGGAGGAUCUAGUAGCGGUCGGGUGUUUGUCUUUGCUGGUUGCAAAGAUAGAAUUUCUAUACUUCACCAAAAUCCAAAACUUCCAACAGAGUGCUAAUAAGCUAUCCUAAAGUAUUCAUUUG